UUGAUAACACUGCAGGAACAUUACGUAUCAAUAAAACAGUAAUUAUUUACACUGGAGAGCUGAAACAACCCGCGGAAGGUUUUCCACCCACUGACAAGGGGGCUAAGAUGACUUCAGCUGUGGCCAACAGAGCAGUAGGAGCCAUUGUUGGAUCAGCUGUUGCAGAUGCUGCAGCUCAGCCCCUCCACUGGGUGUAUGAUCUCCAGAAACUGAAGGGGAUCUUGGCUCAGGAUCCAAACCCGGAGUUCCGUUCCGAGUCGGCCAAUCCCUUCUACCGGAGGCAGACGGGCCAGCAGAGCUGCUACGGAGACCAGGCGUAUGUGCUGCUGGAGUCCCUUUCAGAGUGUGGAGGUCUGAAUGUUGAUGAUCUGAAGCAGCUGACACUGAAAUUCUUUGGACCAGGGUCAGAGUAUGACACGCCGGUCAAUGAUCCGUACCGAGACCGGAAUGGCCCAAGACCUCAGCUGCCGAUUGAAGGACCAUGGAGACAAGCAAGCUUGAAGAGUUUCUUAAAGAAUGUCGAUGCGGGCAAAGAGGAGACAGGCUGUGAGACGGACUGUCAGAUUGACGGCAUAGCCAAGCUGGCUCCUAUAGUGGCUUUUUACGCCGGACAACCGGACAUGCUGGAAAAAGUUGAACAGGCCAUCCGAGUCACCCAGAACAACGACGAAUGUGUCGCUGAAACUCUGGCGGCCGCAAGGUUUCUGGAGCAUUUUAUCCUGACUGGUCCAGACCCAAAUGUGCUGGAUGUAGUGCUAAAUCAGCUCAGUGACCCCAGCAGAAAGCAGCCACAGGACUUGGACAAAGCAGUGAUCGGGCACAUUCAUCAAGUGAAGGAGAAUUUGUCGAAGCGUCCACAGGAACUGAUCCCCGCUGUGUUUCCCAACACAUGAGGUUUGCCAGGUGCAUUCCAGGCAGCGCUGCAUGGAGUCCUGACAGCCGAGCACUUUGAGGCGGCCAUCAGAGACACCAUGAGCUGUGGAGGGUGCACCUGCAGCAGAGCCUCCUUCAUCGGAGCAUGCGUUGGAGCCCAGAUUGGGCUUGAAGGAAUCCCAGCUUCGUGGCUUAGCAAAACCUCACGAUCCAACUCCGUGCUGGCGCACGCCAAGAAGAUCGCCAGCCACCACCUGUAAGAUUGCAGUUCGCAGCAUGAGGCGGACGAGAGCGUUGUGAAAAACUGUUGGACUUUUGCAGAG